GGAGGAGGCGGCGGAGGCAGAGGAGAGUGUCUCUGCUCUGCCAGGCAAGGGCUGCUAAAGUGGGAUUCUUGCCCAGGAUGGUGCCCUGCGCGGGCGCUUGGUGAAAGGGCUGGGGUCCUCCGGGGGUCCCCCGCCGCCAGGCUCCGCAAGGAUGGGAUGCUGCACCGGGCGAUGCACGCUGAUCUUCCUCUGCACUUUGCAGCUGCUUGCUGCCUUAGAGAGACAAGUUUUUGAUUUCCUGGGAUACCAAUGGGCUCCAAUUCUUGCCAAUUUUCUCCACAUCAUCAUUGUUAUCCUCGGUCUCUUUGGUACAAUCCAGUACAGACCACGCUACAUUGUGGUGUAUGCCAUCUGGACAGCCAUCUGGGUCACCUGGAACAUCUUCAUCAUCUGCUUUUAUUUGGAGGUUGGCGGCCUUUCAAAGGACAGUGAGCUCUUGACCUUUAACAUCUCUCGACAUCAGUCCUGGUGGAGUGAAAAUGGUCCAGGCUGUGUAAGGAAGGAAACUCCCAUGAUGGGCCUGAAGGGCUUGGACAGCCAUUCAUACGUCUCUGUGAUUGGCUGUGCUUUGGAGUAUCGCUACAUUGAGGUCAUGCACAGCGCGUUGCAGAUUCUGGUGGCGCUGGUGGGCUUUGUCUAUGCCUGUUAUGUUGUCAGUGUAUUUACAGAAGAAGAAGACAGCUUUGAUUUCAUUGGUGGAUUUGACCCAUUCCCUCUCUACCAUGUCAAUGAAAAGCCCUCCAACCUUUUGUUCAAGCAGACCUACCUGCCUUCGUAAGUAACAAGAAUCUAGAGACUCGACAUGGCCUGAAGUCAACCAUCCAGAAUUCAAAUGCCAAUGUUCCAGCUGUGCAGAAACAGAAGCAGGAGCAAACUAAUGGAAAACGUAUUCCACUCAAAAGGACACACACAGUAUGACUGUACUUUGACAAGUGGCCAUUCAAGAGGAUAUAUAUCAUUUUACUGACUCAGACCAGCUCCUCAUUAACAUGCUGGCUCAUUAGUGGACUCACAGGUUUUGCUAUGAAUGAAUGAACAAAAUGGAAAUAUUACUACACCUUUCCUCACCCUUCCCUCUAACUCCAUUGAGACUACCCAAUGAGAAUCAGAUGAGAGUAUUUUGAACAUUCCCAUUGGAUUCUGGUGCUUUUACAUUGCACAAAUAAUUCUUUCAGAGAUUUUGUGACUUGGUUGUUAUAAAUGGUCCAAUCCCACCCUGCGACCUUGUUCCAAAUUCCAGACCUGUCCCAAAAUCCAUGCCUGUCCCAAACAAUCCUAAUUGUAACUUACAAAUUCCUCAGUAUUUCUUUUCCCUAGCUAUCAUUGGAAAAAUUAUCUAGAUCCCUGUUCUCAAGCCUGUCCAACAACCCACUUACUCCUUUUCUGCCUUCAGCUGAUCUCUGUUUCAGGGGAAAUUAAACCCCUGUUGGAAUUGUUUCUGGUUUUCAGAAGAGCAUGGUAUUCUGGAUGUCAAAUUCAUCAGUGAUUCAUCAAGAAAAAAGCUCUGACAUGGUUCCCAUUUAUUGUGAUUGAAGUCACAACUAAAGAGAAUGGCUUCCACUCUAACCCCAAAAAACCAGUUUGGUUCAACAUUGCCGCCUAUGGGAGACCUCGUAAUACUUCAUCCUGGGAAAUGACCAUAAUGGUGAUGGUGCAGCAGGCCCAUUGUAUACACAAGCUGCCUUAUACUUUUAGAUCAAUGAUGCCACCAGCCCAGCAAUAUCAACACUGAGUUACAGCAGUUCCUCUAAACUGAGAUUGUUCAAGCUGCUAGGGAUUGGACCUAUGACCACCAUCUGAACCUCAACCUUCCUGAUGAUACUCAUGUUAGUAAUGUUACUACAAAACAACAGUGUCCUUUGGUCUGCAUUGCAAUGAACCGCCAAGAAUGAAAGAACAUAGAAAAUCCAAUGAACAGGCUUAUAUUGUUUAGCUGUACAGCCAGUAUGCUACUCACUAUGUGCAUUGGUAGCUGACAAGUGGAAUCCUGCAGCAAAAUUUUGCAUCUUGGAGUGAUGCUGUUCAGAAAGCUGGUCACUCCAUUUCCAAAUGUGGUUUCUCUGAUCCAAAGCCAGUUGGCAUUCAAUGGACACAUGGCACAUUCAGGCCUCAUUCAGUUGUAAGAGCUGUCCUUGUUCACACCUUGAAUUCCCUUCUUUUUUAAAUAUUCUUCUAGAAAACCAGGUAUUCCCCCAAGCCUGCUGAUACCUACCUCUUCUGCAUAAGUGGAAUUGUUUUGGGUAUAAAAGUAGCAGUACUUACAACAUGAUGGUUGGAAACAGGGAAGAAUAGCAUCAUUCUCAUAAACUGAGGCAGAGCAGGAUCAUGUUUUUCUAGAGACAUGUGUAAAUUGCACUAAUCCAGAAUUUUGGUCUAUGUUGUCAAGUAAGCUUUCAGUGAUGGUUGGUGAUUCCCAUGUUAGUGGGGUGGUAAAUUCACUCCAGGUUUUAGUCUGAAUUGUAAGGGACCCCUCUGAGCUCCUGAAUUAGAGAUAGGCUUCAGUACUUUGGAUAGAUGAUUUAGAAUUCGGGCUAAAAUCUAUUGACAUGGAAGCUGUCACUAGCUGUCACUGUAUGCUCAGGAACAGCUAGUGAAUGGAAGAACUGGGAGAAGUGACAGGCAGGAGCAGCAACCAGGCCACACCAAAAAUCUCCUGCUUCACUGUGUGAACCAUGUGUGUAUACACCCACCACCUCUACUCUUGCUUGCAAAAAGCUGCAACUAGUCCUAUCCAUUGGUUGUCAAACAACAGUAGGCUGCUGCUACAGUCCAUUUAUUGGCCCUUCUGUGGAAGAAGCAGCUGGUCUGGGCUGCGAGGAGCCGGGAAAUGAAGAUGCUCUUCUAGAUUGAGUAAGCCAUAUUUCUCUUCCCUUCACAGCCCAGACCAGCUACUUCUUUGUCCUCUGAGUUCCUCUGCCAUUUCUUUUUCCUCCACUGUUAAGAAGCAGCAGUAGCAGCAACAGGCCUCCAGAAGUUGUCAGCUGCAGCAGGGAGGUUUCAGAUGGCUUACAAAGGACUAGAGAAUGGCCCAUUGUGGAGUUUCACACACAUGCAACCCAGAGUAACACAUGCAUAAGUGGCUCACAGGAUUCCAGGGAUUUACCACUCCCUCUAGGUUCCCCUAUUCCCUCUAAACUUACUUGCAAUUCUCAUGGCAGCUGCAAGGGAAAUGAAUUUUGCCAGUGACAAUGGCUGUGAUCCUAUAACACCCUGAAAUCUUUAGUUAGAGGGCAGGUUAUAAAUGUUUGAAUAAGUGCAGUACAGUAUAUCAGGGCUAUACAGAGUUAUGCAUUGAUUAUGUUUCACAGUCCUCAUGUCAAAUGACAACAUUGCACACCGAAACACACACCCACAUUCUCACCAGCAUUGCAUGCACAAUUCAGUUUCUGCAACCUUGAGUCCCAUGCAGACUUUCUACAUCAGUUUUAAAAAAUGUCCGAACUCUUCCAAAGGGGAACUUACACAUGUGGAGGACGUCAGCAGGAUUGCAGCCAACAUGUUAUGAGCUAUCCCUUGGUAUUGCAAAAUAUUUGGGGGAAAUUGAACAGAUAGGUAUGAUCCAUAAGCCUUACAAAAGGCCUGUUCCUAAUGGACAUGGAUACUUCUAGAACUGGUAUGUUGAUAUACAUCAAUAUUGCUACCAACAUUUUUCAAACUCCUCUUGGGAGCCCUGACUAUGGGGACUGUUUUGAUGAGUGCCUAUACUUUCAAAUUUACCAGUACAUAACUGAUGCUUUCUUUGGUAUUUAUAUGUUCUAAUAAAAGACAAAGUCAAGGAGGUUAGAUGUAGCAAUGUGGCCACAGCAGCUAUCCCUUCAUGUUUUGCUACACAAUUCCAGUUGCUGGGGAACAGUGUCAGGGAGAGGACUGUUGCCUUUGUACCGUACGUAUCAGCUUCUUAGCAGUUUGACUACUUCUACAAACAGAAAGCUAAUCUAGAUGAACCCUUGGUGUGAUCCAGCAGAUUUUUUUCAUAUUUCAUAUUUGCUUAUGUCAGUUUUUAUGCACUUGUAUGUCACACUCUUGAGCCUGAGAGCUAUAGGCCUUUCUCCAAGUAGCUCCUCUGAGAUAGGUUUGGAGGGUGGUAACAAGGGAUAAAGGCCAAUGUGGUGUAGUGGUGUGAGUGUUGGACCAGGAGUCUGGGAGACCAGGACUUGAAUCUCUGCCCAGCUAUGGGAAUCCCCUCAUGACCUUAGGCAAGUCACACUUUCUCAUUCUCACAGCAAGAACAAAUCUUGGUAAGAGAACCCCAUGAUAAGGUCACCACACAUCAGAAAGUAUUUGGAGGCACACAAACACAACAACAAUAAAGAAAGGGCCUUUUUAAUUUGCCCUCACAUUUCUGGAAUGCUCUGCUUAGUGGGGUGCACCUGCCCCACUUCCAAUGUUACCAUCACUUCAACAUCAGGUUUGUGUAUUUUGGCAGGAUGUCAUAGGCCCAACUUUUCAAAAUUGGCAUUAUACCAAUUACUCCUAUAAUUUGUUAUGGGGGAGUGUAGUUUUAUAUGACAAUUACAGUACAUUGUUUGUAUCAGUUUUGUUUUUAACAUUCAUGUAUUUAAAUUUUUGUAACACACCUUGAAUUUUUCUUCAGAAAAGAUGGUCUAAGGAAAUGGAAUAAAAUAUAAGAUGUAGCACUUCCA